AUGGAAUUACAAGGCAAAGACGGGCAAAUAUCUCUUCUCACCCAACAAAACAAGAACUUGGAAAGAAACCAGAAAAAUUUAGAAAAAUGGCGAUUCGAGAAUGAAGAAUAUAUGGAAAAUGUAGUUGCCGAAAAUAAUAAGUUGCAAGAAGCAAUAACAGAAUCAGAACGUGUGAGAAUAAAUUAUGAUUAUGAAAUAGAUGGUCAUCUAGAACUAAUAGGUGAAUUACAGGAAAAAAAUCAAAGCCUAAGUGGCAAAAAUUCUCGAUUAGAAAGAGAAAAUAGGGAAGAAGAGGAAAAUCAAAAUCUUAUUAAAAACUACGAGCUAGAAAUCGCAACUAAGAACCGGGAAAUAAAAGAUUUGAAAAAUAAAAACCAGCAACUGACUAUGGAAAAUACUUCUUUACAAGUUACUAGCCGCUCCCGCCAAAACAGCGUUCGUAAUCGCACUAACUCAAUUGAAAGUUCUAAAUCGAAAGAAGGAAAAGAAUUAUCAAAAGAGUUAACAGGUGCCGUGAAAAAAAGACCAUCGCUGGAACAGAAAAUAAUAAAAAUGUUUAGUUGGAGUAGGAGAAGUAGCAAUGCUAGUCCUAAAUACUUCCCAGACAGUCCAACGAAUUAUUUUUCUUCAUCCUCCGACCAUAAAGAUAUAGAUUCUGAUUUAUCAAAAUCAAUGGAAAGUCUGCUCCAAACGACUUCUUCAAUUCAUGAAUUAGUUGGAGAAGAAUCAGAAGAAAAUGAGCGAAUUGUGACCAAAUUACAAGACCAAAUAAAGGACUUGGAGAAAAGAAAUUGUCUUUUAGAGGAAAUGAAUCGGGAAUCAACCAAACUUGGUGCCGAAGGAAAUGACCCUGAGCCCGCUCCCGAAGCAUGUAAAAAUUGUCCGCUACUUCGCCAAAAAAUCGCUGAUUUAGAGACCCAAGCCCAGAAUUUUGCGAAAAUAUUGACCGCCAAAAAUCAGGAAAAUAAAACUGCUUUUCCGACCGAUAAUAAAGAACAAAGGUGUGAUUUUCCCGAACACCCAUUAGAAAUAACAGCCCUAAAAGCCGAGAGAGUGAAUUUUGAAAACGAUAUCUGGGAGAAAAAGAAAAAAAUCGCGGAAUUAGAAAAAGCCUUAGAAAAUAAGCAAUCCGAAAUAAACAAAUUAAGUGCUAAUAAAAAAACCGCUGAGCAUAUAAAUUUUUCUGAGAGAGAGGAGGAAAUCAGGAAAUUAAAAAAUGUUUUGGUAGACAAAGAAGCUGAAAUUACUGCUCUACGAGGAGAAUUGUCAGAUAAAAAAUACCAAGGAAAAGGAAAAAAGCAAGAUGCGGACUCGCCUUGCCGUCAAUGCGAGGGAUUGCGACAACAACUUGCUAGCCUAACUAGUUUAUAUGACAAACUGAAAGUCGAGAAAAAGAGCAUUGAAAAUUUUGCCGAAAAUAGCAAAUCAGAUAAUAAAGAACAUGACCUAGAAGAAAAAUUAGCAGAUAAUGAAGUUAAUUUAGCCCUAAUUUUGGCAAGUUCAGAAAAUAAAGACAAGGAAAUAAAAAAACUAGAAGAAACGUUAAACGAGGUUAUCAAAACCAACAAUGAGGAGGGGGAAAAAUACCAAACCGAAAUUGGUAAUUUACGAACAAAGAUUACUGAAUUAGAAAAACAAAUAAACGAGCAAGAAAAAGUUAAUCGACCAACCCCAGAAGAUUUAGAAAAGAUUAAAACACUAGAACAACAA